GCAGGCGGUUCUCACAGCACGGAGGCACUCAUCAGUCAUCACUAGUACUUCACUAGUUAGCUAGCAAUAUUCCUACUCGCUAAGUAGUGGAGAACUGGAGAUCGACAUGAGCCAGGGGCAGCCGAGGAGGCGGCAGGGCGAAGAGGGCAUGCACGCGCAGGACAAGCCCGUCAAGUUCGGCGACGUGCUCGACGUCUCAGGCGAGCUGGCCGACCAGCCCGUGGCUCCCAGGGACGCCGCGCGGCUGCAGGCCGCGGAGCAGUCCGUGCUCGGCGGGACGCAGAAGGGCGGGCCCGCCGCCGUCCUGCAGUCCGCCGCGACGGUCAACGCGCGAGCGGGCCACGUAGGCAGGGCUCAGACCGCGUGCCCCGUCGCCGACGCGGGCGCCACCGUCACCGAGACCGAGCUCGCGGGCCGCCGCGUCGUCACCGAGUCCGUCGGCGGGCAGGUGGUGGGGAAGAUGGUGAGCCCGGCGCCGGUGGCGAUGACGGACCCGCCGGGCGCGCUGGAGAAGGACGCCGUCACGAUCGGCCGCGCGCUGGAGGCUGUGGGCGCGAUGGUCGGUGACAGGCCGGUCGAGCAGAGCGACGCGGCGGCCGUCCAGGUCGCGGAGCUGUGCGCCACGGGGUCCGACUCCACCGUCCCCGGAGGCCUGGCCGCGGCGGCGCAGUCGGCGGCCGACCAGAACGCCCGCGCCACGCGCGACGAGGACAAGGUCAAGCUCCGGAACGUCCUCUCGAACGCGAGGGAGAAGCUGCCGGCGGACAAGGGGGCGACGCGGGAGGACGCCGAGAGGGUGGUGUCCGCCGAGAUACGGAACAAGCUGGACAUGGCGACCACGCCGGGCGGCGUGGCGGACGCGGUGACUACAGCGGCCCGGCUCAACCAGGAGCGCCCGAGGCCAUAGGUCGUCGUGGCCUUUAUAUCCCAUGUGGAACAGUGGAAGCGUGCGAUCAGAAGCCUGCGCGCGGAUGAGCGUGCUUAAUAGCACAGUAGCGCGUGCCGUUUUUUUUUUGGACUUACUAAGAAAACUACGUACGCUUGUAAAAAUGCGCGAACGACACCGUGUCCGCAGUGUAUAUAGCAAUAAAAUCGUUGCGCGUGAAGUUC